UUCUCUUUACAGUCUGUAGUUACUCACUCACUCACACAGUCUCACCAAUCAACACUCUCCACCUGACCUCUAAACCGCCAUUUUUAACGGACUUUUCCUUCUCUCUCUACAGAGGAAGAAAAAGAAACCCUAGCUCUUCUCCCUCUCUAUCUCUCUUUCUGAUUUCGCAUUCUAGGGUUUCGAGUUCUGAAAUGAAUCAUUAGAGUUUAGUUUCUGAUUCUUUCUCUAAAUGAGUCUCGGUUGUUUCUUUCUGUUUUUUUGCUCUCUCUUUCUGCUCUUUUAUUUCACUUCUUCAGCUUCUCAGUCCGAUCCGUCGGAGCUCCGAUCCUUACUUGAGUUCAAGAAGGGUAUUCAGUCCGACCCGCUUGAUAGAAUCGUCUCAGCAUGGAACUUAUCCAAUCUACGGAACCAGAGCUCCUGCCCCGUUUCUUGGCCCGGCAUCACCUGCGACUCGACUACCAAUUCAGUCACCGGCAUUAUCCUCGACCGCCUGAGUCUUUCCGGUGACCUCAAGUUUUCUACUUUGCUCAACCUUAAGUCUCUUCAGAACUUGUCUCUCUCUGGUAACCACUUCACUGGUCGACUUGUACCCACAUUGGGUUCCAUGAGCUCACUCCAGCACUUGGAUCUGUCAGAUAACGAAUUUUCUGGUCCGAUCCCGGGUCGGAUCGCUGAGUUAUGGAACUUGAAGUACAUAAAUUUGUCAAGAAAUGGUUUUGAAGGCGGGUUUCCGGUUGGGUUGCCAGUCCCGUUCAGAAAUUUGCAGCAAUUGAGAGUAUUGGAUUUGCAUUCCAAUAAAUUUAGAGGAAAUGUUCGUGAGGUGUUAAGUGAAUUGAUUAAUUUGGAUUACUUGGAUUUGAGCGAUAAUGAGUUCUAUGGUGAGCUUGGUGGCCUUAGUGUGGAGAACGUGUCCGGUUUGGCUAAUACGGUGCGUUUCGUCAACUUCAGCGGAAAUAAGUUGAUCGGUGGGUUCUUGAAAGCAGAGGUGAUUGCACUAUUUAGGAGUCUGGAGGUUUUGGAUUUAAGUAACAAUGGGAUUAGUGGGAAGUUGCCUUCAUUUGAGUCUAUGCUUCAUUUGAGGGUUUUGCAAUUGCGAAAUAAUCAGUUGUUUGGGGCUAUUGCUGAGGAAUUGUUAAAUGGGUCGAUGCCAAUUGAAGAAUUGGAUCUUAGUGGCAAUGGAAUUUCAGAUUCUAUUCCUGGAAUUCAAUCUACAACUCUGAAUAUUUUGAAUCUCUCUUCAAAUGGUUUAUCUGGUCCUUUGCCCAGUUUUCUUAAGAGAUGUACAGUUGUGGAUCUGAGUAGAAAUAAUCUCUCCGGUGACAUGUCUGUUAUGCAGAAUUGGGAAGCCACACUAGAGGUUCUUGAUUUGAGUUCAAAUAUGUUGUCAGGAAGUUUACCAAACUUAACUUCUCAGUUUCUUAGAUUAAGUAAACUUAUUCUUAGAAAUAAUUCCCUAGAAGGAAACUUGCCCCUUCAAUUGGGGGAGAGUCCAGGAUUGUCUGCAAUUGAUCUCAGUUUAAAUCAACUUAGUGGGCCAAUUCCAGGUGGUUUAUUUACUUCAUUGACCUUGUCAAACCUAAAUCUUUCAAGAAAUCAGUUUACAGGACCAAUUCCACUGCAAGGCUCACGAGUGGGUGAAUUAUUAAUUUUGCCUUCUUAUCCAAAAAUGGAGUCUCUUGAUCUUUCCUACAAUUCCUUGACAGGUGGGUUGCCUUCGGACAUAGGUAACCUGGGAAGUCUCAAAUUGCUGAAUCUCUCAAACAAUGGGUUAUCAGGAGAGCUGCCAAUUGAAUUGAGCAAACUUGCUUACUUGCAGUACCUUGAUUUAUCUGGCAACAAAUUUAAGGGUAAAAUCCCUGAUAAGCUUCCAUCCAGCCUAAUUGGAUUCAAUGUGUCCUAUAAUGAUCUAAGUGGCACUGUUCCAGAAAACUUGAGAACAAAAUUUGGCAUUUCUUCAUUUCAUCCUGGAAAUUCAUUGCUGGUCUUUCCAGGUGGCCAGCCAACAACAAAUUCCGUUCCAGAUCAGCUUCCUGCCAAUAGUAAACAUCAUAGUUCAAAACGUGGUGUUACAAUAGGAAUAAUUGUUGGUGCAAUUGUAGCUACUCUGACCAUUUUGGUUUUACUGGCCUAUCACCGGGUACAGCAAAAAGAAUUUCAUGGAAGAAGUGGAUUUGGUGGCCAAACUACGGUGAGAGAUGCUAAAGUUGAAAGAUCCGCAAGAUCUUCUCUUUUCAAAUUCCAAUCAAAUGUUCAUCGCAAACCAGCCUCAUUGAGUUUUUCUAAUGAUCACUUGCUUACUUCAAAAUCAAGGUCAUUAUCUGGGCAGACAGAGUUUGCAAAUGAAAUUAUUGAGCAUGAUUUACCUGGGGGUGCGGCAGCCAGCUCAGCACCUUCCGAUCCUAAUGUGCUAGAGAAUUAUCCCACAACCUCUGGAAGGAAAUCCUCCCCAGGCUCUCCAUUGGCUUCCUCACCCCAUUUUGUUCAGCCACGUGACCAAUCUGUAAAGUUGGACGUCUAUUCACCAGAUCGGCUGGCUGGAGAACUAUUCUUCCUUGAUGCUUCUCUAGCAUUUACUGCAGAGGAGUUAUCUCGAGCCCCGGCAGAAGUUCUUGGCAGAAGCAGCCAUGGAACUCUAUACAAAGCUACUCUAGAUGGUGGACAUAUGUUGACUGUGAAGUGGCUGCGGGUGGGGCUGGUUAAACAUAAGAAAGAAUUUGCUAAGGAAGUUAAAAGAAUAGGAUCUAUAAAGCAUCCAAAUAUUGUUCCAUUGCGAGCUUAUUAUUGGGGCCCUAGAGAGCAAGAGAGACUUCUCCUAGCAGACUAUAUUGAGGGAGACAGCUUGGCCCUCCAUCUGUAUGAGACCACACCUCGGAGGUACUCACUGUUAUCGUUCAACCAAAGACUAAAGGUUGCUGCUGAUGUUGCUCGUUGUCUGUUGUACAUUCAUGAUAGAGGAAUGCUCCAUGGGAAUUUGAAGCCAACAAAUAUACUUCUGGAAGGUCCAGAUUAUAAUGUUCGGCUUACCGAUUAUGGCCUUCACCGCCUGAUGACACCUGCUGGCAUUGCGGAGCAGAUACUGAAUCUUGGAGCACUAGGAUACUGUGCUCCAGAACUUGCUAAUGCAUCUAAAGCAGUCCCUCCUUCAUUCAAGGCUGAUGUGUAUGCAUUUGGAGUUAUCUUGAUGGAAUUGUUAACCAGAAGAAGCGCUGGCGAUAUCAUAUCGGGGCAAUCAGGAGCGGUUGAUCUUACAGAUUGGGUUCGGCUGUGUGAUGAAGAAGGUAGACGGAUGGACUGUAUUGACAGAGAUAUUGCAAGUGGAGAAGAACCAUCAAAAGCAAUGGAUGAUUUGCUGGGUAUUUCACUAAGGUGUAUUCUCCCUGUAAAUGAGAGACCUAACAUCAGACAAGUCUUGGAGGAUCUCUGUUCUAUAUCUGUUUGAAAUUUUGUACAUGUGUCUUGGAAUUAAUUUUUGUCAUUCCUCGACCCAAUUGUCCAUUUUUUUCAUUAAUUGUUUUUCUAGCAUUCUGAUUUUUGGGCUAAUUAUUACAAUUUUUUUGUGGAAAUUUUCUUGUAAAGGAACAACAAAUCCAUUGAUUAUUUGACAGUGUUUUGAGUUUGAUCUUUAAA